AUGGACACAGACACAGGCAUGCACCAAAACAACAACCAAAACCAACAGUUCAAAAUCCAGCACAACAACAACCUCCACAACCAGCACAGCAACCACCUCCACAACCAGCACCACAACAACAACCACCUCCACAACCAGCACAGCAACCAACAGUUCAAAACCCUGCACAACAACAACAACAAACAGAGCAAGGACAUAAAAGAAGUAGAGAACAAGGAAACCAAGAAUUCUUAA